GUGAAUGUUUGUUUUUAGUGACGUUAAAGAUUAAUAAGCUGUUGUUUUAUGUGAUAUUUGUUUAAAAAUGGUUGAAUCUUGCAGUCCGGUGAAUUGUUGCAAUGAAGUUUCACAGGUUGGUUUUAAUCAUCUCAUUCAUUUUUGUGUGAGAAUUAAUUGUUAAUUGGUAAUUCGAGGAAAUAUCUGCAUUUUUAGGAUACCUAGAGAUCCUAACAUGAGGAAGUUGUGAUUAC